AUGGACAUAAUAGAUUUACUAGAACAUAGCAAAAUAUUUUUCACUGGUAUUAAAAUUGAAUUAGAAAUUUUUCUGUCUUUGCCAGCUACAAGUUGUGCAGCCGAAAGGUCAUUUAGCACUUUACGAAGGGUUAAAACUUGGCUUCGAUCUACGACGGGUGAAGACCGAUUAUGUAUGUUAAGUGUCCAUCGUGAAAGAGUUGAUAUAAGAAAAGAUAAAUUAAUUGAACAGUUAAUAACAAGGUUUGCAAGAGAACAACCACGAAGACUUCAGUUUUUAAUUAAUAACGAAUAA